GCUACGUACCGGUACGCACUCGUACUCAGCACUGAGAAGAGUGCUCUUUUUGGUACGGUAUCGUUCUUUCAUUUUCAAUCCACUCGGCUCUUCAACUCUUGGCGGAGGAGGCGAGGGGGUUCAGACGUUGAAGACUGUCACUCUGGACUCGACCAUCACUCACUCCUUUUCUUCUACAUCCAUUAUUUUCUCUGCGUGGGUAGUAUUACUAUUGUCUAUCAUUCCAUUCUAUUACAGCAAGUACAAGUACGGUACACGCAUUCCUGUUGACAACGAUGGCUUCAGAGAAGAAGAGUGAACAUGCAGAGGCAGAGGCUCAGGCUGAGGCGGUAUCUGGUAUGUCGGAAUCUAUGAAUAGUGAUACUAAUACUUCCGUUAGUUCAGAUUUGAAAGAAGAUGCCAAUGAAGGUGAAGAUAGAAGAAGACAGCAUGAACAUGUACAUGUACAUGUACAUGCACAUGUGCAGAGAGCGUCUGAACCAGAAGUGUUGGCGGUUGGACUGGGUGAGAGCAUAACAGCAGUGGCAAUGACGGAUGGCUCUAUGCGAUCUAGUGUGAGCGUGGGUAGCACAUGUAACAGUAUCACUUCCACUGCAGAAGUCCGCAUGCUGGCCAAGGAACUGAAUGAGAAGGACCGUCAAGUCAAGAAGCAGAGGAGAUCAGUAAGAGCUACUCUUCAAAAGGGCACUGGCACUCUCAGUCAAAGUCAAUCUACCAGUACUACCGGUACAUGUACCGGUAGUAGUCAAGGUGGAAGAGUUGGCUUGGCCAGGAAGCUACCUCCCAAAUUUGGAUCCAACACUGCAAGAAGUGCUAGUGCACACACUAAUAAUGCAUCAGAACAAGAUCAUCAAUCAUUGCCAGGGGCAUACUCUGGAACUAAUCAAGCAAUUGACACAAAUGACACAAAUUUAGAAGAAACCAAACAAGAAGAAGAACCAGAUCACACAGUAUCCCAGCACGAGCUGCCACUGAUCAUUGAAGCUUCCCUUGUCACACAAAACAGCCAAUCUCUCAUUGUGGAUGGGGGUGUUCCUGGACAGGCAGAUCAUCAGUAUCAGGACCACCCGCCACAAGUGCAGGCCAUUGAGGCUGACAAAGUGCAACUCGCAGAAUUAUUACAAAAUCCAAAGCUUCAGUGCUUCCUGCUGGGAUUGAUACUCUGCUUUGUGGUCAUUAUACUAUCCAUUGUCAUCAUCGUGGUCGUCGUCUCACAAACAAGAAAUCCAAACUCGGACAACAAUUCCGGUACUGGCGACACACAAGAUACCUUGGCACCUGUCAUGAUCGAUGAUGCGCCUAGCAGUUUGUCAAUCAACCACACUACUGCCGGUGCUGUCAAAGGGGACUACAAAAUCGUUUUCCCACCAGAUAUGCAACAAUACAUCAGCGAAACUUACGACGAGGGCAUACCGGACAAUAAUAGUCCCCUCCACAUGGAUGGUCUGCGAAAGCAGGCAUUCUGUAAUCUCAUGGAAUCACAAACCGAAUACUUGACACCAAAAGAUGAUAUCACACUACAACCACAACCACAAGUUGUCACAUCCUGUACACUGCACAACGAACUUGCAGCAGGUUCACUCGACUCACGCUUGGACUUUACCAUGCGUUAUUCCUCAAACACCGUCAAUGUGUCGGAAUACCCCUUUCUAUUCUAUCAACACAUUUCAUCCUCAAAACUGCAACCAAUUACAGACUGGGUGCUCAAUAUCAAUGGGAGUGCCACCAACAUCAACAUCAACAUCAACAAUGACAACGACAUUGCUGAUGUUGUCACAUCAGCAGCAAACGUUGGCGACAUUAUUUCAUUUGCUUUCCUUCGUUACUAUGACACAGAGGGCACCGUGUUUGAGCUUGGUGACGCAUAUUAUAUCCAGGCCAAAGAGAACAACGACACCGGGAACUUGCCGGCAACCUGGGACUGGGUUGAUCAUAAUGUCAUUUACCAGCAAGUGUUGCUCUUUGUGGAGUGGCCUGCGUGGAAUAGCACCCUCCGAGAGCAAUUGGAGCAGCGCCUGGUGGAUCAGGCCAAUUUGGCCGCGGAAGCGUUUUGGCAGGAAAUGGGAAAACCCAUGCCAACGCCACCGCAUCAUAUUGAUUCGGAGAUUCUAAACACACACGAUCCUCGAACUCCCGUGGCACCGUUCGUCGGAAAUAAUAAUGGACAACGAAGACUGCGGCAGCAGCACCGGAAUCUGGCAAGUGAUAGGUGGGAAAUGGCUCUGGUAUUUGAAAUGACAUGGUCCGUGCCAACGUUUGAAGGCGGGAAAGAGGAGGAUACCACAACUGACCUCCUGAUAGACCAUUUCCAUACCUACAUGGUGGACCAUCACAAAGAAUUUGAUCAAGCACUUGAAAAACCUUGGGGGCCAGCCUUUCACAGCGCCUCGCCGCCAAUGGAGCUGUUUCCCGUCACAGGUUUGCAGGACAAUGCUGUCGUCCUGGGGGCGUACAGGCAAAGAUUUCUGGUCGCCGGGGAUCAUGAGACCACGUUCGAACCAUACGAUCAAUGGGAAGAGGUGCUGGAAGAGUUCGCGAUGGGCUUUUUGCGAGAAAAUGCCUCGAACCUGUUCGUUGAGGACAAUCCAGUCGUGGAGCUCGGAGUCAAUGUGACGUUGUUGCUGCACACUAAUCAUGGGAUUCCUGGCCGCAGCAACCGGGUUCGUCGCAAGCUACGACGCAGUCUUCAACAGUUGGCAGAAGACGCUCGUGACUUGCAGCAACAAGAGCCGCCAGAAGCCGUAGCAUUCGUCCAUUACAUCGCAGAAUGGUACAGACAGCCGGAUGCGUUGGCCAUCAAAGAGGACCAACUUGGGGUUCUACCAAAACUAUUUCAAAGUUUCCUGAAUGAAAAUCUCCCAUCGCUCACGAAUGCCUUGCGGAAUGCGGGGUUCGAUGUAACGAGCUCAAGGCCUGCCUAUCUUGUGCCAUCUUUGUCACUCGACGGUUUAUUCAUCGAGGAUAGCAUCCUGCCAACGACCACCCCGCCUCCGCAGGCGUCUCAACUCACGGCGCAUUCUACAUCGCAUGUCCCAUCGACAACACCAUCGUUCCGUUCCAGUGCACCCUCUUCAUUGUCGGCCACUGAUACUCCGUCCUUUCCCCCCACUGGUGUUCCAUCAGGACUUCAUUCUGUUGAACCAUCAAGCGCUGAGGGCCCUGCUGUGGAAGGGAACCACACAACAGGCCCCUCCGAUGCCCCGCCCGCUUAUGUAAGCUCGGCGCCAACACCACACCCGACAUUUUCCCCAACGGUCUCUUCCCAGCCCUCGUAUUCGAAUGGAUACACGGUGGUGCAAGUGUUCUAUAGUCAACAGCUGCAUGUUGAGUGGGAAAACACAGCCAACCCACAGUUUCUCGGUGCUUACGAACUAGACAUUAUGGAGCGUGUGUUUGAGAAAUACACGAUGGACAUUGCUGGUCGAGAUGCCAAUGUGGUGAAAACGACAUGGCGCAUUGCGAAUGAACGAAUCGAGUUCUUGGAUCACGAUACACCAUACUUGGACUUGCAGUACGAGAUGCUGUGGGAAAGCUGCCACACAAAUGUGACUCAUUUGCCGGGCCUCUUUCUCGACUUUCAGGCAGCCAACCAGGAUAGGAUGUCUGGAGAUUUGCAGACUGGGGGAUUCCAGGCGUCGUGGUUUGGCCAAGUCAAGAUGAUAGCAGAACCGGCCUACAGCUUUGUGUAUACUGCGUGUUAUUGAUAGAUCUGUUUCGAUUCCUUCUUUAAAGUAAGCAAGCAACGAAACAAUCUAUCUGUGUAUUUUAAAAUAGUACUCGAGCUUGCCAG